UUAUUUAUUUAUUGAAUACUAGCUUACCCGUCUCGGCUCCGCCCCAGAUUUUAAUAACAUUAAUAACUAUAAUUAUUUAUUAACUUUAAUGGACUAAAUGUAUGCCUAAAACCUUCUCUGUGAUGUCCUCUAUUAAUAUAGAUUAAUUAAAUAACUAUAUAAUUCCAUACCAACAUUUUAGUACAUAUAAGCGAAACAUUAUACAGUGCCGGCCCAAGAUAUUUUGGCGCCUUUAAAAAUAUAGCUUAAAUAUAUAACAAUUUAUUGUUAUAGAGAAAUGUAAUUAUUACACACUGUUAUUUAAAAUUUUUUUUUACUAAAACAUCAUAAGUUUUUACAAUUUUUUGAGCACCUACAAAUGCGUUUACGGCGCCCGGUUCGCCCGUGCAUUGGACCGCCACAUACCAGUCCACCACUGACAUUAUAUACCUUAGUUAAAGAACUUCGAGAUAAGAAGUGGAAGAAUAUUAAGGAUAGUUAUAAAAAAAGUAUAAGUGAAGAAAAAAAUUUAAGAAGUGGAUCUGCGGCACAGAAAAAAAAACCAUAUGCUUUUAUUGCGGCAUUAUCGUUUUUAUCAAAUAGUUCAAAUAAAAGAAAGUACGUAUCUAAACAUUAUUAAUCAUUAUCUUAUUUGUAUUAGUCUUAUAAUGAGUUAUAACAUAUUAUAAUAUAAUAUCAACCUGUUCUCAAAAUACUAUUUGUAAAUUGAUUGAUAUCAUAUUAUAUUUAUUUAAGAAUAUAUUUUUUAUAGGUAAAAUUUUAUUUUAUUUAUAGGACAACUAGUAGUAUGCAGGAAGACGAAAUUGACGUAUGCAACGAUGAUUCUUUUGCUAAUAAUAGCUGUGUUGACGAUAAUGCUACAGAAUGUGAGCCAUCUACUUCGUCAACUGUUAAACAACUAUCAAACCAUUCUAACCAAAACAAGAAAAAAAAAUCUAAUGAUUCUUUUCAACAAGAACUGCUUCAGUUUUUACAUAGAACAGAAAAUGUAGAUCCAGAUAAAAUAAUGCUGAAUUAUUUUUUACCAUACGUGAAAAAUUUAAAAAAUGUACAGAAAUUAGAUUUUCAGUUGUAUGUAUUACAGUAUUUUAAAAAUCUCGAGGUAAAUAGUAAUAUUCAGGCUGCAUCUCAAACUACUCAAGCUAAUCCUAUAACAACAAAUUCAUAUAAUUCUCUUGCUCAAUAUUAUAAUUCUCCUGCAGUUACAAAAUCUUUUUAUCCUUCACAAAUCGCUCCUACUGAUCCUAAUACAUCACAGUUCACUUUUUCACAACAAAAUUACGAUAAUUUAAAUUACCAACAUAGUCAAAAUUAUUCUCCAAACAAUCAAAAAUGAAUUAUGUUUUUAGUAUAGUUUUAAAUAUAG